AUGCCAGAAAACCUACUACAUCAAGAAGAUCCAGAACAAAUUGUGGGACUCCUGAAACCUGUCCUCUUUGCUGAACCAAGUACUGUAGUUGCACCAGGCACCAAUGUGACUCUCCAUUGCUUAGCAUUGCAAUGGACUUCUCGGGAAUUUUUAUUCACUCUGUCGAAGGCUGGGAGCCUUGGAUAUCCUCACCCAGACAAGACAGGGUCAGAGGCUAGGUUUUCCCUGCCAUCUGUGAAGGUCAGAGAUGCUGGGAGCUACAGCUGUUUUUACUCUGAGAGGAGACCCGCAAAGGGGAAGUCAGAGACCAGUGAAACCGUGGACUUGGUGGUCACAGGAUCUCUUCCUCAGCCCUCCCUCCAGGCCUUGCCUAGUGCUAAGGUGUCCCUCAAUGGAACGGUGACCCUGAGGUGUGUCCUGCCAGUGAAACCAUCCCUUGGAAGUGUGAUGUUUAUGUGGCUGAAGGCAGGGACCCCAGAACCCCUAGGACAAUCCCUCCAGCAAUCCCAGAGAUGGGCUAAUUUUACCCUCCCGUCUGUGACAGUCCAGGAUGCAGGGAGCUUCAGAUGUGUUUACUAUGAGAAGACAGUCCAGCCUCGGGCCUCAGAGCCCAGUGAGCCUCUCAACGUCUGUGUGACAGGUGAGAAGGGCACCAGGCUCCAGACCCCGAGCUGA